AUGGUCUCUCGAUCUGGUGAAGGGAAUGAGGGGCCUCCUCCAUCCUCCAGGACACCGAAUACGCCCGCCAAAACACGAAUUGCGAGACUUGGCUCCAGCCCAUCCAAACGAGAAGAUAAAGGAAAAGAUGAUAGGGUGAUUAAGUCAUCCGCGAAGGAUGUAGCAGAACUUAAGGAUUAUCAAUUGGGGGAUUGCUUGGGCAAGGGCGCCUUUGGUUCGGUCUAUAGGGCAUUGAAUUGGAACACCGGAGAAACUGUCGCUGUGAAGCAAAUCAAGCUUGCAGACCUUCCUAAGAGUGAACUGCGGGUUAUUAUGCUGGAAAUCGAUCUCCUAAAAAAUUUGGAUCAUCCUAACAUAGUGAAGUACCAAGGAUUCGUGAAGUCAGCUGAAACUCUAAAUAUUAUCCUGGAGUACUGCGAGAAUGGUUCUCUACACUCAAUCGCAAAGAAUUUUGGCCGUUUCCCGGAGAAUCUCGUUGGUUUAUACAUGUCCCAGGUCCUUCAUGGUCUCCUAUACCUCCACGAGCAAGGUGUUAUACAUAGAGAUAUCAAAGGAGCAAAUAUUCUCACAACCAAACAAGGUCUCGUCAAGCUUGCAGAUUUCGGUGUAGCUAGUCGGACCACUGGGCUCAGCGAAUCCAGUGUUGUCGGCACACCCUACUGGAUGGCUCCUGAGGUGAUUGAACUUUCAGGUGCUACGACAGCCUCAGAUAUAUGGAGUCUUGGCUGUACCGUGAUUGAGCUGCUCGAGGGAAAGCCUCCCUACUAUAACCUUCAGCCUAUGCCGGCUCUUUUUCGCAUUGUUAAUGAUGAUCAUCCCCCACUCCCGCAGGGUGCCUCUCCGGCCGUCAAAGACUUCUUGAUGCAAUGCUUUCAGAAGGACCCUAACCUUCGUGUUUCGGCGAGGAAAUUGCUGAAACAUCCUUGGAUAGUCAAUGCCCGCCGAUCAGAUUCAGUAGUCCCUAAAAAGUCAACGGAGUACGAGGAAGCAGUAAAAAGUGUUCAAGAAUGGAACGAAGCACUGCGUUCGCCUAGUGCAGGAACCCUACGGAAGACAUUUAAACAUGACCAUCAAAAUCCGAUGUCGCUGCCAUCAAUUCGGAAUGCCCCAAGUAAGGACUCGCCAAGUCCAGUUGCUAAUCAUUUGGCGGAUCGAUAUCGAUCUCAAAACUCCCCGGAAGAGGACAACUGGGAUGAUGACUUUGCCACUGCCAUUUCCCCUAGUGCUUUACAGCUGCCUCACCUUCGGCCACAGGACAAUUUCGGAGGGAUGCUGUCCUCUGAGAAGCUCAAGGCUUUUGCAUCUCUUGAUGGGACAGUGCUGAGAUCAGAGGAUAGCUUUGAUGAAUUUGAGGACUCAUUCCAAGACUCAUUACCAUCGGGGGAAUCAGAUCCUUUAGAGACGAUCCGGCCGUCCCUACCGAAACUUGCUUCAACUGAAAGCAUUCACUUACAGGACUCCCCCCUGUACAAUAUUGCUAAAAGUACGUUUGCGUCUAUGCAAAAUGUGCCAAUUUUAACACAGAACCCGGUCCCGCCGAUGAGACAACCGCGUCCCGCCUCAUUUUAUAAAGAAAACCCCGUCGAGGAUUACUCGGAUCUAAUUAAAGCGAACGAGGACGUUCUAGACCGCAAACUGAGCGCCUUCCAUGAGGUUGAUGAAGAUGCUGCUCUGUUGGGAGAUGCGUCUUCCAAAAAGAUAGUCCGCUAUCAAGAGCCCUCUGACGAUAUGGAAGAUCAAGAGCCUCAGCUUAGGAAGCGGAUUUCUGUCAAGCGACAUCGAUCAGAAAUAGAGAUUCAACGGUUUGCAGAGAAUGAGACCGAUGAGGAUUUCUCUGACAUUUUAGGUGCCGACGAGGCCGCCCUGGAUAAUCUUGAAAGUGAUGGUAGCUCGGACCAAAGCACUCUGCUACUUAAUUCUAAGUUGUCAAACAAUUCUUGGCUUGGAGACCAGGACGAUGAUGAUGACCCGUUUGCCCAACUUGAGGAAGGACUUGACGAAAUGGACCUGGAAGCUAACAUCGCACGCGACAAGCAUGCUCGACUUCGCAAUCAGGUUGAGGGGCUAGUGAGCUCUCUGAAAACCUCCCAGGACGAAGAUGUCCUCGGAGAAAUCUCAGAUCAGCUGCUGACAGUUUUCUGCGAUCUCCCGGAAACGAAAAACAUAAUCAUAAGCGCCCACGGUAUGCUUCCGAUAUUGGAGAUCCUCGACAUGUGCCGUCGACGGGACAUUAUCUUGAGUCUCCUGAAGAUUGUCAACGCGAUUAUCUAUGACGACUAUGAGAUACAGGAGAACCUCUGUUUUGUGGGAGGUAUACCUAUUAUCAACGAAUUCGCUUCAAAGAAGUAUCCGCGAGAGAUUCGGUUGGAAGCGGCUGCGUUCGUGCAGCAGAUGUAUCAAACAUCUACGCUUACUCUGCAAAUGUUUGUCAGUGCUGGAGGACUGAAUGUCUUGGUUGAGUUCUUAGAAGAUGAUUACGAAGAUGAACGGGACCUGGUCUUGAUCGGUGUGAAUGGUAUUUGGAGUGUUUUCGAGCUGCAGGGCUCAACACCGAAAAAUGACUUUUGCCGAAUCCUCUCCCGUAACUCUGUUUUGGACCCCUUGUCACUUGUCUUGAGCCGGGUCUUGGAUGAAGAAGGGACCUUGGCGGAGAUCGUCGAAGGCCGUAUAGCAAAUAUCUUCUUCAUUUUCUCUCAAGCAGAGAACCAUGUGAAGGAAAUGGUCGCUGAGCGGACAGUUCUUCACAGGGUAUUGAAAGAAUUAAAACGCAUGACACCAGCUCAUCAGAUCACAAUGCUGAAAUUUAUCAAAAACUUGUCCAUGCUAUCCACAACGUUGGACUCUUUGCAGAACUCGAAUGCAAUUGACGUGUUGACGGAUCUGCUGAGGUCGACUAUCAGACGCCCACAUUUCCGAGAAGUGUCGAAUCAGAUCUUGAACACCAUCUACAACAUGUGUCGCCUGAACAAGCCUCGACAAGAAGAUGCAGCUUUGAAUGGCAUUGUACCCCUACUCCAGAAGAUAGUAAAGACUGAACGGCCACUGAAGGAGUUUGCACUACCAAUUCUCUGCGACAUGGCAAAUUCAGGCAAAGUCGGCCGCCGUGAGUUGUGGCGGAACAAGGGCCUCUCCUUCUACAUAUCCCUGCUUUCUGAUCCGUAUUGGCAAGUUACAGCGCUGGAUGCUAUCUUUACUUGGCUUCAAGAAGAGACCGCCAAGGUGGAAGAGCACCUUCUGGAGAACCGCCAUGAUAAGCUAUAUUUCACGGAUGCUAUUGUCCGGUGCCUGACCAUAUCAAAGGCCAACUCAUUCGAGAAUCUUCUCGAACCUUUGCAAAAGCUACUGAGACUAAGCCCUCCGAUUGCCUACACCUUCGCACGACCAGACCUGUUUAAUCGAAUCGGGCAGAAGUUACACCACAAUAAAACUGCGGUCCGGCUAAAUUUGCUCCGGAUCAUAUCAAGUAUCUGUGAUUCAAGCGAGGAGCAAGGCGGCCUGCUCGCGAAGUAUGGCCUCUUGGAUGCGAUUGCAGAGCUCGAACAUGAUCCCGCCAUCCUAGUUAAAGACAUGGCCGGAAAACUAGUACAGUCUAAUGAGCGGAGCGAGGCAUAUGGGCUGGGCAAGCGCAAGCCAGGUGUGAGGCGACGGAGCAUCUCCACCACGCCUCCUGGUCUGCUCCCCGGCCAGUCGGCACCAUCCACCCCCCAGAUUAACCGUUCCAGUCAAUCCAAAGCGUAUUUAGAUGGGAGAGAUAGUCAGAGACACCCACGAAACCCGCUCACUGGGUCGGCGCUGGCACUGCGGCCUGGAAGCCGGGACGGUGCCAGCCCUGGCCUUGCCGGGGGGCUGAAUGGAAGCUCCGGCGCAGCGAGGAAUCGGCUGUCACGAGUAAUCCCCGACAGCAAUAGAUUAUCACAUGUUGACAUGUUACCUGAAGAAAGCACAAGGCCACCAAGCACGGUGUCCCGUCGACCAUCGAUUCUCCCCCGGCGGCGGCGUACGACUCAAGUAGAUGCCGACUGGGCUUCGUGA